ACCCGGAGUUAAAGAUGUCCUGGACGUAUGCGGCCCUCCUGGCUCUCCUCACCGUACUCCUUGCACUUAACUGGUCUCCAGAGGCCGAGUCUGCAGCUGUGCACAGCAGCACAGGCAGCGCAACAAGUCCCCGAGCAGGUUCACUGAGGAGGAUCUUCAUGAAAGAGUCCGAAGCCUCAAACUUCUUCAGACGUAGCAGACGAGCUGCAAAGUCUCAGGAUGAGAUCAACGCUGAGCAGAGGCAGGUUCUGGCAGCUGAUGAACGGAGGAGAGAGUUCCACGAGAAGAAGAGGAAUGAGUUUGAGAGCCACUCCGAGGAGGACAGUGACGAACAGAACGAGAGGAGCAGAGAGAGCUCGGAGCAGUGGAGGGAGUUCCACUACGAUGGGAUGCAUCCUCCCUACGAGUAGAACCUUCACUCCAUGUGAGCAGGAGGGGACCAGAAGCUGCCAAACAUCAACCGGGCUCUUCUCUUUGUAAA